AUGCCAGCGAUGCAGUACUUCGAGAAGGCACAAACAACGUUCAAGCCGCCGCUAAUCGCCAACGAAAACGCCUACCUCGGUGACGUCGUAUCAUCGGAGUCUACAGAUCCAGAGAAACCCAUCAGCGGUGGUUUCUACCGUCUGGAGAAGGGAACGCCGCUCGUGUACACGUAUACGUAUGAUGAGAUAAAAAUCAUCGUUGAUGGGCACUUCUACAUCAGUGACGAAACGGGCAAAGAAGUCAAAGCCGAGAAGGGUGAUGUGUUCUUCUUCCCAAAAGGGAGCAAAAUCACGUUCAAGACGGAUGAUUUUGGACUAGGGUUUUUUGUGGGGCAGAGGAAGAAAGAUGUCUCCCCGCCCAACCCCAACCUCAACUCGCUCAAGCAUACGAGCCAGUCUUUCCUCCAAGGUCUCAGCAAUCGCGACGUGAUGAGGAUGGAACAACCGUUUGAUACUAACGAUUUACGUAUUUACAGAAGGUUCAGUCAGCUUUUUACUAAAAAAUACUAUCUGGGAGACGGUGGGGAUGGCAUAGUCCACGCAUACGAACACAAAUCUUCCAAAGCACUCGUCGCAGUGAAGACGCCACAUGCGUUCACUUCUGAGUCUGACAGGAUCAAGGCAACCAAGCGAUUCGAGGCCGAAAUUGAGAAUAUCUCAAUCGUUCAACAGCACACACACAUUGCAGGGAUGUUGGCUUGGUCCUCUACUCCCAUGGCAAUCUUCCUUCCGUUCUGCGAGUUGGGUGAUCUUACCAGUUACGUGGUCAAGUGGAAAUCUGAACAGAGAAGGCAGCGAAAAACCAUACAACGUAUAUCCGAAGUCACGAUAUGGAAAUGUUUACAUGAUAUGGUUCUCGCUUUGGAUUAUCUGCAUAACAAGUGCGAGAACUACGGCUAUACGCACAAUGAUAUCAAGCCAGACAACAUCCUAGUUGAAAUACCCAAGAGCUGGAAGAUGGAAGACGGAAUCCCCGAUGAGCCUAUCUUCAGGCUGACCGACUUUGCCCGUAUGACGCGAGAGCAUCCAACCGAAAGCGCACAGUUGACCCGCUUUUGCGGUACACCCGAAUAUGCACCACCCUUCAACGAGCGAGGGGCUUUACGACCAUCCGGCGACAUCUGGGCUCUAGGCGGCACCUUGCAAACCCUCGCUCUGGGUGUCUACCCCAUUCAAUCCCACGAGGCUUUCUCAGAUAGCAGAAGAAGUCAGGAGAAGUUUGUCCCUCAUCUCAUCGACAAAAAUGCCUGGAAAAAAAGCCACUGGCGUCAUCUCAUACCAACCACCUUCCGGCCCCUCUCAGCCACAAAAGAGGAACUGAUUAGUGACUUCGACGUCCAUGAUUCUAUAGUUAUUGAAGAAUUCUAUCCGAAUCGCCCAUGGGAGCAUAAACCUUAUAGCAAACGGCUCGAUCGUUGGUAUCAGUGGAUGUUUGAGAAAGAUGAGAAGAAGAGGGCCACUGCGAAGAUAUUAGUGAGAUAUUGUGUGCCAGCUAUUGCGAGGAAGAUUCUUGUGGCAAGGGCAGAGGAGAGGGCAUUGGAAUGUUUUGAGAGAGCAAAGGCGCUAAGAGACAAGGUUGUAAUGAAACAGCAGAGUAGGGUAGCAGAGGUCUAA